GAACUAGUGUGGUCGUACCCUAAACAUUAAUCCAUCCUUUAACCCGACAAAGACAAAAAAAUCAAAUCUGUCUUAAAAAAAAAAGUUUCAAAAAAUCAAAUUGAGUCCCUGGAGAUAACUUUUAUUACCAUCAUCAUCCUGCAACUUCCCCCAGAUCCUACUUCUGCUCAGGGUUUGUCUAGGUUUCCUAUCUACCUGUAUCCUCAGAUCUCUUUAAGGUUCACGUUACGGUACCGCCUCAGAUUUGGGCUUAGCUUGUGUGUGACCAUAUGAGUUUGCAACUAAGAGUAUGAGGUUUAUAAGAACUGGUUUCAGGAUUUGAUUAUCCUGAAACACACAAGUUUUGUUAAGAAGGGUGAUGUGAGUGAGUGUUUCUCCAUAUGUUAAGACGUCUUGGAUGGUUAAUUGGACUGAGCCAGAGAAGUAGGCAGACGAAGACGCUUGAUGCUGAGGCUUACGUAGCAGCCAGGGCGGUUAAGCCUGUGCUUAUGGUCGACACUGUUCAGGAGAUUGCUGUUUAUAUCCAUAGGUUCCAUAACCUUGAUCUUUUCCAACAAGGAUGGUAUCAAAUAAAAAUCAGCAUGAGAUGGGAGGAUGGUGAUAACUCCUCCUCCUCUGGGAUUCCUUCACGAGUUGUUCAGUAUGAAGCUCUUGAUGCAACCUCCAACGAAUCAUCUGGAGUGUGGAAGAUAGAUGAUAAAGACAAUAGUUUCUUAUCACAGCCCUUCCGCAUCAAAUACGCUAGGCAGGAUGUUCGUCUUUGCAUGAUGGUCUCUUUCACCAUGCCAUUGGAAAGAUAUGAGGGGUCAGCUACAUCUGCUGUUAUAUUGAGGUUUGAGCUUUUAUACUCUCCUAUUAUAGAGAGUAUAGAUGCUUUCCCUGCAGCAGCGCAUGAUUUUCGUAUUCCUCCUAAAGCUCUCUCAGGCCUGCAUUCUUACUGUCCGGUCCACUUUGACACCCUUCACGCCGUUCUUAUCGAUGUGAGUGUCCACGUCAGUGUCAUGAAAUCCGCUGCUUACAAACGUCCUGCAGUUUUGUCAAGUGAUUCGAGUAAUGGUAAAAAUUUAGCCAGCGGCAGUGUUCAGUCUUCCAAGAAAAUUGCUUCUGCUGACAAGAAGCUGGUGUCAUUCGUUAAAUCCCUACUUGAAGCGCGUGACACUUUGCUUGAAGAAAUGCAAAGACUAAGCAAGGCAGUUGGUCAAACAAUCGACUUGUCUGAGUUUGUAUCCACUAUGGACAACACUCUUUUACCUGAACCUGUUGAAGAUGAAGAAGGCUUAGGACAAGGCAAGCAGCAAAACAAUCUUGAGAAAUUGAAUUCCCCAUUUGAUUUGGAAAAUGAUGAUGAGUGGCUUCAUAACUUCUCUAAAGAGCAUCUAUCUCGCACAUUCCACUUGCUAGGCACCCAGCUCCAUCAUCUCUGGAAUACCUUUCUGGCGUUUCAUCGGGAGAAUAACACAAAAAUCUUGGAAUAUCUUCGUGACACCUGGACAAAGGAUCGCAGGGCUGAAUGGUCAAUAUGGAUGGUGUACUCAAAAGUUGAAAUGCCGCAUCAUUUUAUAAGUGGAAUGGAUGAUACUUCAAACCAUAGUUCGCACAAAAGAGCCACCACAAGUGUGUUAAAGCUGAAUGAUCCUGCGCAAGUUGCAGCCACCCGCGCUGAUCUUCACCGUCGAAGCAUUGCACAAAUGCGGAUAAACAAUCGGGGGAUACAGGACAUGCAUAUAUUUGGUGAUCCUAUGAGAGUUCCUAUUGUUAUAAUUGAGCGUGUCUGGAAUGCACCAAAACGUACUUUCAGUGAUAGAUCCUCCAUGAGACAUGUUGAUAAAAUUGAUUCUAGCUUGCUUAAUGACGAGAAUAGGUCAAUAAAACAUAAUACUCCACAGCAUAGUGGACGUGAGCUGAAGAUCGUCGUGUUUGUUCAUGGUUUCCAGGGGCAUCACUUAGACCUAAGGCUUAUCAGGAACCAGUGGCUCAUGAUUGAUCCAAAGAUAGAGUGUCUCAUGUCUGAAUCAAAUGAGGAGAAAACACAUGGAGAUUUCAGGGAAAUGGGACAGAGGCUUGCACAUGAAGUUGUCUCUUUCUUCAAGAAGAAAAUGGAUAAACAUGCCAAAUACGGACGCUUGAAAAACGUUAAGCUGAGUUUUGUUGGACAUUCAAUCGGCAAUGUCAUCAUCAGAGCCGCACUAGCAGAUAGUUUGAUGGGACCAUACAGGAAGUAUCUACACACAUAUCUAUCGCUUUCGGGUCCACACUUGGGUUAUCUAUACAGUUCAAACUCCUUGUUUAAUUCUGGACUUUGGCUCCUCAAGAAGUUGAAGAGUACUCAGGUUAUUCAUCAGCUCACGCUCACUGAUGAUCCUGAUCUCCAGAACACUUUCUUUUACAAGCUCUGUAAGCAAAAGACGCUGGACAGUUUCAAGAAUAUUAUUCUCCUGUCAUCUCCUCAGGAUGGGUAUGUUCCAUAUCACUCAGCUAGGAUCGAGUCGUGCCAACCAGCUUCUUCCGACAACUCAAAAAGAAGCGUUGCCUUCUUGGAGAUGCUUAAUAACUGUAUGGACCAAAUACGUGGGCCGACACUAGAAACUUCUCACCACCAGAGAGUGUUCAUGCGCUGUGAUGUCAACUUUGACACAACCUUGUAUGGCCGUAACCUCAACUCGUUCAUCGGUCGAGCUGCGCACAUUGAGUUCCUGGAGUCUGAUAUCUUUGCAAGAUUUGUAAUGUGGUCAUUCCAAGAUCUAUUCCGCUGACGAAACCUUGGUUACGGAUAAUUCUUUCUGUUUUGGGGGAAAUAGAGAAAGAUUUAAAACCUGUUGUAUAGUGGUAGGAGACAGUUCUUUGGUUAGCUUUGUGUACACGUAUGUAAUCGGAUGUACUUAGAAGCAGAAGCUGUUAUCUUUUAUGUUACCACAACUCUGGUCUCUGUAUUGUUUCAACUUUAUUAUAGCUUCUAGAUUCGCUUCUGGAUCGUUAAUGGU